AUGCUUCACGCUAUCUUUGCAGUGUUUCUGUCUUUGUUGUGUGCUUUCGUACAAUUCGCGUCGGACGAUUGUUUUCUCGGUAUUAGUCGGUUAAGUACCCAGAAUCACCGCAUGGGGUACCGUAUUUUUAGUCUCGUCCAUGGUGUCGUAGCUCAUAUUCGAUUACCCGUCCCAUACGACAUUAUCCAGCAAUAUCCUAAAGGCUUGCAUAUGUGCCAUAAUAACGGACACGUGCGAGCGUUCCCUACUUAUCUCAGAGAAGCAUCUGGUCUAGACUGUGGACUUUGGCACGUGACAAAGUCUGCUGUAGACGAUUCCUCCGCAGAGUCCGCAGAGCUUAAAGUCCGCGACGCAUCGCCGCCCUUCAAUAAGCCGACUGCAGAUGUAAUUUUACGCUCAUCUGAUCUCGUCGACUUCCACGUACGGAAGGCCAUCUUGGCAGAGGCAUCCCCGUUCUUCGAUGUCAUGUUCCAUAUGCCCCAGCCUUCCGCGCCCAAAUUGGAGGACACCGACUACAAGAAUGGUCCGCCGGUCAUUCCUAUGACAGAAGAUAGCCGGACGCUAGACAUCAUACUGCGCAUUUGCUAUCCUGUGCAGCAAGUCGAGAUCCGCGACGUCGAGACUUUGCGUCCUGUCCUUGAAGCUGUACUAAAAUACGACAUGGACAGCGUUAUGGAGGUGGUCAAGAGUCAGAUGCGGAUAAUCGCUGCCGAAGUCCCAUUGCGCAUUUAUGCCCUCGCGCUUGUACUGGGUUUGAACGAGGAAGUUCGCUUCGCGGCCAGGUGUUCCUUGGCGCACUCUGUGCAGACUGCGCGCGUGCCAGAAUUCGAGGAGAUCACGGCUGCCGCAUAUUGUCGGCUGCUCGACUAUCGCAAGCGAUGCAGUGAUGCAGCGGAGCCUCUUGCGUCAGGCAAGAUUCUCGAUUGGCUACCAAAUCGUCAAUGGAUAUUCUUAAGCAGCUCACGGAAUAACGCGCGACGACCUGGAGUUCCGGAGCACUCUUGCUCGGAGGGCGACACUAUCACAGUUCAGAACAAUUUGAUGCGGACUAUACACUAUACCAGGCAAUGGUGGUGGGAUCAUCUAUCAAGCAUCCAACAAGUGACGGACGAAACGCCCAGCGGGAAGGCUGUGAUCGAGGCAGGGGUCGAUGAAGCAGUGAGAGUAGCAUCAAGCUGUAGAGUCUGCGCACCAUUGGUAGGGCAGGACAUGCGAGCGUUCGUAGACCUGUAUGCAGCUGAGGUCGACAAGGCGGUGUCUCAGGUGGGUGUUCUGCCGCUUCCGAUUGAACGGGCAAAAGGCUUCGACGAUACUCAUUACUUCGUCUCAUAG